AUGACUAGUAAUGAUUUUAAUGAGAGAAUUCAUUUCACUUUUAUUUCUGUGAUCAGCUUACAACGCACCAGUUCACAUGUCCCUGAAACGUUUUGUACAGAACAUAUUCCUCUCAGUAAAAUUCAUCUGAAUCAACAUGGAAUGUUCACAGAUCAUCGUGGAUUCAUUAGAUUAUUUAGAGGGUUUAACAACGUGAGAAAAUCUUUUCCAUGGUAUGAAGAAAAUACCUUCAAUAUCACACAAAUACAAAUGUUUCAGAAUUGGGGUUUGAAUGUUGUUCGAUUAGGUAUUAUGUGGAGUGGAGUAAUGCCAAAUAUAUCAAUAGUGAACACGACAUAUUUAAAUCAAAUUGAAAAGCUGAUUGAUUUAUAUGCUGAUCAUGGAAUUUAUGUGAUAUUAGAUAUGCAUCAAGAUGGAUUAUCUAGCCGAUAUGGUACUUAUGAUGGUAUACCACUUUGGUUAAUUGAUCAGUUUAAAAGACCACCACACUUUUUAGAAGAGCCUUGGCCGUAUAAAAAGUUGCCAGAAUGGGACGGAGCAUAUUAUUUAACUUACGAGUGUACUAAUGCAGCUCAACAGUUAUAUGAGAAUGUAUCAGGUGCCUGGAAUCACUGGGGUGAUUUUUGGGAAAUCGUAGCUAAACAAUUUGGUAAAAAGUCAAAUGUACUUGGUUAUGAUUUGAUUAAUGAACCCCCACCUGGAAACUUUUAUUCUAAUCCAUUACGCGGGUUUUCAGGUUAUGCUGGUCGAUAUAAUCUACUACCAGUUUACGAUUAUCUUGUUGAGAGAAUACGUAAAUAUGACAAUUCAACAUUAAUAUUCUAUGAACCAGUUACAUAUGGGAUAUUUACUCCUCUAAGCCCCUCAGGAUGGUUAGGAACUGGAUUUCGACGUGUUCCUGGGCUAAUCAUGAUAAAUCAGCACAGAAUAAAAACUGAUUAUCCGAAUUCUACAAUGCCUUUUUGGAAGAAAGUUAUAUGUGAUUCGUUUCUCUUACCAAUUGUGAUAUCCAAUGCAAUUAAAGCAACAAAAACAACUGGAGGUGGUAGAUUUUUAACUGAAUUCGGUUUGUGUGGAGAUGAUGGAAAUCCACGUAGUGUAAACACAUUGGAAUGUAAUGCUGUAUUGGAUGAAGCUGAUAAACAUUUUGAAUCAUGGACAUAUUGGGAUGGAAACUUUUUAGAUGAAGUAGGAAAUCCUAUUAAAAGUGAGGUGGAAUCUUUCAUUCGUCCUUAUCCCCAGUCAACAAAUGGGAUAUUUAACAAACAACGAUUCAAUCAUAAAACCGGAAAAUUUAGUUUCUCCUUCAUUACAAACCAGUCGAGUAAUCAGUAUAGUAAGAAACAGAUUUUAAUUGCAGAAAUUUACAUACCAUUAUCUGUACAUUAUCCAAAUGGAUUUUCAAUGAACAUAAAACCAAACAAUUUAAUUACUGAAAUGAAGGGAAAUAUACUGUCUUUAUACUUGCCAACUGAUGUAGGGAAUAAACAUGUACUCGUUGAUAUUGAAAUUGUUAGAAAAUAA